AUGGCCGACCCCUUACGCCGGACUUUGUUCGCCAAGCUGAGGGGGAAGAAGUCCAAGAAGACUGCGAGCAGCGUCUCAAGGGGCCACGAAGGUAAAGCGAAGCUCCUUCAGCAGCAGCGGCGGCGGCGGCGACAACAACAGUUCCAGGCCGGGCCCGGGGCGUUUGGGUUAGGGGGACCUGCGGGUGGCAGUCGGGGCUCCCCGGUCCCAGGUAGAGGAGAGGAUGAGAUGCGGAGCGUGUGCGAGGAUCUGGCCGGUCCUCCGCCUCUGGACCCCAUCCUGGCCGACCACGACGGCGGCGGCGAUUACUAUGACAACCGGCGUCGGCGGGCCUGCGGGGCUCGGCGGCCGUGUUUGGGCGGCCAGGCCGCUUCGCCGUGCCGCCGCGAGAGAGAGAGGCUGAGGAGCCGGCUGCAAGAAGCCUAUUACCUGCUCAUCCACGGCAUGCCCACGGACACCCCCACAAACGCGGGCUAUCUCCGGGGCACCCCCUCGCUGGCCACGGCCUCCUCCGGCCAGCUUGACCUUCCCCGCCGGCAGCUCUCCGCUUCAUUGCCUUCUUCCCGGAGUCAUCUCUCCAGCCAGAGCCCGACGGCUCCCAGAUCCCCUCUGCAGCGGUCAGUGAGCGACGGGGUCAUUGAUUAUCUUUCCAUCCUCACUGAUCGGUCAGUGGCGAACCCUCCUGGCUGGGGCCAAACAUCUCCUCAGGCUGGGGGCUCGCACCCCGACCAUUUAUCCUCUUCAGUCUGUGUGAAGCCUUCAGAAAGUAAUGUAAUGCCCCUUUACGCAGGGUCUAAGCUGAAUAAGUUGGGGGGUCCCAGUGAUGCGGUCUGCGGAUCGUGCGACCAGCAAAACGAUAGGCAGGGCACCUCUUUAAAACCACCUGCGGUGACGGUCAACAAAAUGCAGGAGUGGAUGCACAGAGGGCGCAUGCUGUCCUUGGAGAUGAAAGAGCGCAUUAGCGGGUCCGUAAAAGCCAGCCUGCCAUCUGGUUCAUUGCCAGGUCAGGCAGCCCGUAAAGUGGAAGCGCAGAAGGCGAGUUCCCCUGUGGCCGUCAGGGUGCAAGGGAACAAAACGGCCUCGCCCCCCGCUACCCAGAGGGUUUUCCUGACAGAUUUCAUUGAAAAUGUACACACCUCUUCAAAAAUAAGGAGAGAAUUGAAAACCUCUGAAGCUAACAAGAUCAACGAAUACAAGCCACACAUGAACAACAUCACAGUGUCCAAAAAAAGAAACUGGCUACAGCAGAGUUCUCUGAACCCUUAUUUGAAUGAGGAGACCAAUUCCCCUGUAUCAUUAGAAUUAACAAACCACAUCACUGGUCCAAGCCCUUCGUCGGAAAACAAACAACAGCCUGCAAUUUUACCUCAAGAGACUGACCAACAAAAUAACCAUGUAAUUGCUACAGAGAUUAUUUUGGAUCAUGGUGAAGAAAAUGAUGCGGAUGACGAGGGGGAGAUAUGGUAUAAUCCCAUUCCAGAGGAUGAAGAUGUUGAUAUACCACAAACACAGUCCCUUCCUGGGAGCUGUCCGGCUAAAACUGAAAAUUCAGAUGGCGUGCAGAUCAAAUCACCCAAAUUGCCUGUCAGUGAUUUGGUUAAAGGACAAGUAACCUUGGGAAUUCCUGUAAAUUGCUCUGAAAGUGUGAAGGAAAUCCAGGUAGCUUCAACGACUGAUGUGAAUUGGGCAAACUGUGUGAAUUCCACGAUUUCUACAAAUUCUACCGAAUGUGGGCAGCUGCGUAGGCAGAUGUGUGUGUGCAAGUCUAACAGUGGGACAAAUAUGGAUGAGAGCUGUGUGCACAAACUGCCAUCUGCAGUACAUACCAUGGAUCUUUUCAAUGGUUCCGUUUGUGCAGUGGAAGUAUUAGCAGCAACAACAACGAAUGAGUUUUCACCACCUUCCAGCCCUUCGCCUUUCAAAAAGGGGACUGCAAUUAAUUGGUCAUUCCCAGAAAAGAUAAAAUCUCCUCGGACUGUGAGGAAGCUUUCAAUGAAAAUGAGAAAGCUUCCAGAAAUUAGCAGAAAAUUGAGCAUUAAAGGGACUUCCAGCCAUAACUACAGUGAUUCAGUUUCUAAAGGCACCUAUGGAUCUUUAUCUCCUGGAAUUUUGACGAAUGCUGCCAGUAGAAAUGUUAUCAGUCGUUAUCACCUGGACACGAGUGUCGUAUCACAGAACUGCAAAAAGAAAAAUUCAGGGAGCUCCAAGUCUGCUAGCAAAGGUGGCUACCUUAGUGACGGGGAUUCACCAGAACUUGUUGCCAAAUCGGGUAAGCACUCCUGUGAAAGUAAACCAGCAAAGGGGAAUGUUGCUUCAACCCCCCAUAAAACACACAGUGCAGAAAUUGAUGUUGAUGCUUUUAGGCACUACAGUUUUGUGGAUCAACCCAAAUGUUCUCAAUAUAUUUCUGGACUAAUGAGUGUUCAUUUUUAUGGUGCCGAGGAUUUAAAGCCACCAAGGAUUGAUUCCAGAGAAGUAUUCUGUGCUAUACAAGUGGAUUCUGUCAACAAAGCCAGGACAGCCUUGCUCACCUGCAGAACCACAUUUUUGGACAUGGAUCACACAUUCAAUAUUGAGUUGGAGAACGCACAACAUCUCAAGUUGGUUGUCUUCAGCUGGGAGCCAACGCCUCGGCGGAACAGAGUCUGUUGCCAUGGCACUGUUGUACUCCCCACACUCUUCAGGGUAUCCAAGAUGCACCAGCUGGCAGUAAAGCUCGAGCCCAGAGGGCUCAUUUACGUGAAGCUCACCCUGAUGGAGCAGUGGGAAAAUUCACUGGACAGCCUAGACGCAGAGCGAGAGCCAAUGGUAUUUGGUGUUGAGGCACGAAAAAUAGUUGAGAAAGAAAACACGGGCUUGAGGGUGCCAUUGUUGAUGCAGAAAUGUAUAGUGGAGAUUGAGAAAAGAGGUUGUCAGGUUGUGGGCCUAUAUCGGCUUUGUGGCUCUGCUGCAGUUAAGAAAGAAUUAAGAGAAGCUUUUGAGCGUGACAGCAAAUCUGUUGGCUUAUCUGAGAACCUGUAUCCAGAUAUCAAUGUAAUUACAGGUGUUCUCAAGGAUUACCUAAGGGAACUGCCAUCACCACUGAUAACGAAGCAGCUAUAUGAUGCUGUUUUGGUUGCCAUGGCUAAGCAACCCCUCAAGAUUACCUCUUCUGGGUGUGAGAAUGACCUGAGUGACUGUGAGUACACAGCCAGUCUCCUGGACUGCCUGCCAGAAGUGGAGAGGGCAACACUGAAGAUGCUGCUGGAUCAUCUGAAGCUUGUUGCUUCAUACCACGAGGUCAAUAAGAUGACCUGCCAGAACCUGGCAGUGUGUUUUGGGCCUGUACUCCUAAGCCAGCGGCAGGAAGCCUCCAACCAUAGCAAUAGGGUUUUCACAGACUCCGAGGAGUUGGCCAGUGCAUUGGACUUCAAGAAGCACAUCGAAGUAUUGCAUUACCUACUUCAACUCUGGCCAGUGCAAAAUGCUGGUACCAAAGAGUACGGGGAAGGUGGUGGAUUUCCUGAACUGGACAAGCCAGUGAGUUGUGUGAGGAGGAGGAAACAGCGGCCUACAAUGCUAAACUUGAUGAAUACCGAGAUGCCGAGUGUGCUGCGUUCCAGACAGGUCAGGCUCGACAGUCCUAGCAAUCGCUAUGCUGGGGACUGGAGCAGUUGUGGCGAAAGUUACCUCCUGAGGCCAAAGGAAGAGAGUGCUGAGGCAGACUAUGAUGAUGUCCCUUCAGAAGACACUGGGAGCGAAGAGGAGAACUUAAUGACAGAUGGGACAAAUCGUGUACUGCAACCACAUGCAGAGCCAGAAUCCAAAGAGCAAGUACACAAGACUUAUGUUAGCAUGGAGGAAAUCAGUCCAGCAUUGAAAGAUCGAGUGAACCUUAAGGAUCUUCAAGAAAGCAUUGACACACUAAUUGGAAACUUGGAACGAGAACUGAGCAAAAACAAACUAAAUGUCACUUGUUAAGCUAUCCUGUCAAUCAGAGAGAGUUCCAGCCAACAGUUGUAUCAGCCAUUUUCUAUGAUGGGAGUGCUCUUUCAUUAUGAGAUGUAAUGUAAGUUAUCUUGGGUCUGUUGACUCAUUUUAGGCAUUCCAGGGUUUUUGUUGAGGCCCUCCGAUGGUCAUGGUCGACCAUGCAUGUUACGUCCUAACUGUCUGCAUUAUCAGUUGAUAGUCAAGUUAGGGCAGUACAAUAUGUGGAGCAAGCUGCUGCCUAUGCAUGCAGCAGGCUCCCCUUCUCCAAGCAACAGAUGAAUCCAAAGGAAUGGCAGAGACUGAUACAGUUUGGUACCAGCAGCAACUCAGGAGUUGCCAGUCAGCAUUGAGCUCAAUGUAGGACUGCCUUAGGGACUCCAGAUUUGGAUUUUUCCUCUGGGUUUACUCCCGAAGCCUUUCUCAUGAGUGGGUAUAGCCGUAAGGCAGCGGAGGUUUAAGAUCAGAAUUUUCCUUUUCCUAGAUGAGCUGCCAGCCACGGUUGACGAGCCCCAUCUGCUCGGAGCAACUGGUUUUAAGGUGCCAGGAGUUCGUCUUUGCCCCUUCUCCUGUCAGUAGAUAAGCUUCUGCUGGGCUUAGUAGCUAAGUCACAUGUGAAAGCCAGGAGCUGGACUUGGUUGUCAGAGGCUUUUUGAGCCACAUGCCAUUGGGAGCAUUUAGUAGGUAAUGGGAGCUUAUCCCUACUACUGUCUCCCCCUCCAGCUAUGACAGCUUCAAGGAACCAGGACCGUUGUACAUGUAAGUUUUUUUUUCUUCAUAUUGGAAGAAUUCAGUGGAUUGACCCCAAGGGGUAUGUGGUGCCUUAAAGGCAUGUUAUUUUACGGUACUGUAGACUGAGCACUGUGUUCAGGUAGGAAUAUCAGCAGAUGCACUUAUGAAUGACGAGGACUUUUGAAGGAGACUAGCCAUUAUCACUCAGCAUCCUGAGUCGUCUUUAAGCUCACCUCUGAUCAUCCUCAUGUUUAGAUGCUGCUUGGCAGAUCUUUCUGCAGUGAGACAGAGUGUUUUUCAACAGCAAUAGUUACCAAUUAAAGAUCUGCCUGUCACUGUUCAUUUGCAAUGUAAUACAAGGCUGCUAUGAAGAAACUAUAUGCACAGGGGAGAAAAAAAAUACCCUGCACAUUUUUUGGGUGAUGAAAAAUAUUGUAAGCUGUUAUCUUUCUUUGUUAUUAACACAUCUCUGUAACUGUAUUUAAAGGCAAAUCAAAGCAAAUGGUAUAUUUUUCUAACCCUUUAUAUUUUUGAUAAAGUGUUACUUACUGCCCGUUAUGCCGCUGACGUUUAGGGCAGCAAUGAAGGUCCUCCAUCUCUGGUGGUGUUCAGGGCUUCCUUCAUCGUGUCAGUAGCUUCCUCUCGGUUUCACUACUGUCAGCCAUGCAAGUCCUCGGGUGGAGACUCAGGAAUACCGUCAACCUCAGAUGUAGAAGGAUUCUUCAUUGGUGCUUUAUCAGCCAGGGUUGUUAGCCCCAAGCUGAACCCCAGAACCUGGAGGACUAGUGGGCCACUCUUAGUGUGGCCUCUACCCUUUGACAUCUUUGGCAUGGGUAACCCUACCAAGAGCCAAAGCAUAAAGCCCUGACUCUAGCCAACAUAGCUGUCUGGGUCAUUGAGGUACACAAACCUCUAAACCACGCCAAGGUUGUGGUCCACUUGGAGCUUUGAUAAAGUAUGCUUUGCAUGUAUAGUGAUGCAUGUACCAGAAGACCAAAUACCAUUAGAUAUACUGCCUGGGAAAUGUAUAUAUAAAUAUAUAUAUAAAUGCACGAUAAAGAGAGCUGUGAGGAAGUGUUUUUAAUAUAAUGUGGCUAAAUAUUUUUCAAUACCUGCUAUGGCAUUAUGCUUGCUUAUGACAGAUUUUUAAAAACUUAGAGAUACAGCAUGGUAGCUGGCCCUUCUGGCCUAACAAGUCUCUGCUGCCCAAUUACACCCAUGUGACCAAUUAACCUACUAACCGGUAUGUCAUUGGAAUGUGGGAGGAAACCAGAGCACUGGAAGGAACCCAGGCUGUCACAUGGAGAACAAGCUCCUUACAGAUAACAGCAGGAAUCGAAUCCCAGUUGCUGGCAUUGUAAAGUGAUGCUCUAGCUCAAUCUUUGCCUCUAUCUUGUGCACCUCUAUCAAGUCACCUCUCAUCCUCCUUCGCUCCAAAGAGAAUAGCUCUAGCUAUCUCAACCUAACUUCAUAAGACAUGCUCGCUAAUCCUGGUAAGUCUCCUCUGCACCCUCUAAAGCUUCCACAUCCUUCUUAUAAUGAGGCAAUAAUUAAGACCAUUAGGAGCAGAAUUAGGCCAUUCAGUCCAUUGAGUCUGUUCUGCCAUUCCAUCAUGGCUGAUUUAUUAUCCCUCUCAACCCCAUUCUCCUGCUUUCUCCCUAUAACCUUUGAUGACCUUACUAAUCAAGAACUAUCAACCUUUGUUUUAAUUAUACCCAAUGAUUUAGCCUCCACAGCUGUCUGUGGCAAUGAAUUACACAGAUUCACCACUCUCUGGCUAAAGAAAUUCCAUCUCAUCUCUUUGACCUUUGGUCAUAGGCCCCCCCACUAUUGAAAACCUUCUCUCCACAUCUAGGCCUUUCAAUAUUAAAUAGUUUCAAUGAGACUCCCCUCUCAUUCUUCUAAACUCCAGUAAGUAUAGGGCCAGAGCCAUCAAAACGUCUGCUUAUGCACCUCUUCAGCCCAUCCAAACCUUGCCAAACUGUUGUUCUGAUUAAUCCCUUUGAACCACAACUGGACCACAGCCCUCCAUACUUUAUCCAAGCAUCUCUUAAAUGUUGUAAUCAAUGCCGCAUUCACCACUUCUGCUGGCAUUUCAUUCCACACUCUCACCGCCCUCUUAAGUGAAGAAGUUCCCCUUAAAUAUUUUGCCUUUCACCCUUAACCCAUGACCUCUAGUUCGAGUCUCAACCAAUCUGAAUGGAAAAAAACCUGCUUGCAUUUACCCGAUCUAUGCCUCUUAUAAUUUUGUAUACCUCUAUCAAAUCUCCCCUCAUUUUUCUGUGCUUCAGGGAAUAAAGUCCUCACCUUUUCAGUCUUUCCCUAUAAUUUGGGUUCUCAGAUUCCGACAACUUUUUGUAGAUUUCCUUUGUACUCUUUCAAUCUCAUUGAUAUCUUUCCUACAGGUGUGUGACCAGCAGUUCACACAGUACCCAAAUUAAGCCUCACAAAAGUCUUAUAGGGGGUGCCACAUAGCAUAGCGGUUAGCGCAAUGCUAUUAAAGCUCAAGACAGUUGAAGUUCAGUUCUGGCAUUGUCUGUAAGGAGUUUGCAUAUUCUCUCAGUGACUGCAUGGGCUUCCUUCAGGGGCAUCAGUUUCUUCCCAUAGUUCAAAGACAUACCAGGUAAUAGAUUAAUUGGUCAUUGUGAAUAGGCUACGGCAUAGAAACAUAGAAAAUAGGUGCAGGAGUAGGCCAUUCAACCCUUCGAGCCUGCACCGCCAUUCAGUAUGAUCAUGGCUGAUCAUCCAACUCAGAACCCUGUACUUGCUUUCUCUCCAUACCCCCGAUCCCUUUAGCCACAAGGGCCAUAUCUAACUUCCUCUUAAAUAUAGCCAAUGAACCGGCCUCAACUGUUUCCUGUGGCAGAGAAUUCCACAGAUUCACCACUCUGUGUAAAGAGGUUUUUCCUCAUCUCGGUCCUAAAAGACUUCCCCUUUAUUGUUAAACUGUGACCCCUCGUUCUGGACUUCCCCAACAUCGGAAACAAUCUUCCUUCAUCUAGCCUGUCCAAUCCCUUUAGAAUUUUAUACGUUUCAAUAAGAUUCCCCCUCAAUCUUCUAAAUUCCAGCGAGUAUAAGCCUAGUCGAUCCAGUCUUUCUUCAUAUGAAAGUCCUGCCAUUGCAGGAAUCAACCUGGUGAACCUUCUCUGUACUCCCUCUAUGGCAAGAAUGUCUUCCCUCAGAUUAGGGGACCAAAGCUGCUCACAAUAUUCUAGGUGCGGUCUCACCAAGGCCUUGUACAACAGCAGUAGAACCUCCCUGCUCCUGUACUCAAAUCAUUUCGCUAUGAAUGCCAACAUACCAUUUGCCUUUUUCACCGCCUGCUGUACUUGCAUGCCCACUUUCAAUGACUGGUGUACAAUGACACCCAGGUCUCAUUGCACCUCCCCUUUUCCCAAUCGGCCACCAUUCAGAUAAUAAUCUGUUUUCCUGUUCUUGCGACCAAAGUGGAUAGUCUCACAUUUAUCCACAUUAAAUUGUAUCUGACAUGAAUUUGCCUACUCACCUAACCUAUCCAAGUCACCCUGCAUCCUCGCAUCCUCCUCACAGCUAACACCGCCGCCCAGCUCCACGUCAUCCGCAAACUUGGAGAUGCUGCAUUUAAUUCCCUCGUCUAAAUGAUUAAAAUAUAUUGUAAACAACUGGGGUCCCAGCACUGAGCCUUGCGGUACCCCACUAGUCACUGCCUGCCAUUCUGAAAAGAUCCCGAUUAUUCCCAGUCUUUGCUUCCUGUCUGCCAACCAAUUCUCUAUCCACCUCAAUACCAUACCCCCAAUACCGUGUGCUUUAAGUUUGCACACUAAUCUCCUGUGUGGGACCUUGUUAAAAGCCUUUUGAAAAUCCAAAUAUACCACAUCUCCUCCCCUAUCCACUCUUCUAGUUACAUCUUCAAAAAAUUCUAUAAGAUUCGUCAGACGUAAUUUUUCUUUCACAAAUCCAUGCUGACUUUGUCCGAUGAUUUCACCUAUUUCCAAAUGUGCUGUUAUCACAUCUUUGAUAAUGUGAUAACAUUAUCACAUUAUUGUUAAUUAUAGGUGGGUUGAUGGGUGUUGUGGCUCUUUAGGGUGGAAGGGUCUGUUCUGUGCUCUACCUCUAAAUAAAAUAAAAUAAAUUGUGCAACUUCUUUGUCUAAUUUGAGCCUGUAUAGAAUCAUUUUCACAUUGACCUCAAAGUUGGGUCAGACAUUGAGCAGUUCUGUACAUAGUAUCAUAGUUACUCCUACCUCCUUAUUUCUAACAAUUGUCUCUUGGACCUCUGUAUCUGCUACCCUGGAAAAGGGUUCCACUGAAUCAGUAUAGAAGUGGCAUCUUUCACAAUGUGGAUUCCUAUCAGUUCUCCAUCCGCUUGAAUCAAAAUUCUGCUCAUUCUUUCACAUAUGCAGCCUAACUGGGGUGAUGAGCUAACAAGUUUUACAGAAAUGGUACUGUUACAACUGAGAUGGAAAACAGGCCAACUUGCAUAACCUAAAGUCAAUUAAAGUUUAACAUCUGGAGUUAAAAAUUACAGACAUCUUGUAUUCCCCAAUCUCACAAACUAACAUGUGCAGAAGUGCUUAAGGAAUGAAUCACAUUGUACUUAUAGAGUCCUAGGGCACUCAUUCGUUCAUUAUGUGUCGUGUCGUACUGUAAGUAUGAAGUCACAUGACCAGAUAAAUGCGAUGAAAGUUGCCACUGCUAUGUCAAGUUAUUUUGUGUUUCAACUUGCUUUUAAUGUGUAUACCGUGUGUAAUGUGAACAUGUUUGGCCAUCUUAGUUUUAAUUAACACUCCUCACAGCUUAAAGAUUCUUUGUAAAGGGUUUUCAGGCUUUAAUUUAUCUACUGAAUUGUUAUUCAUGUGUUUUAAUAAUCCCGUAUGCAUUAUCUGUUACACAGAAGUAUAGUUGCCUUGAAUUGAUAAAGUAUCAUUAAACAUGUAAAUAUGACUAUAUACUGAUCUGAGCACACUGCUGUGCACUGAUACCAAUAUUUAACAAAUUCACUUUCUUUCAUCCUAUUAAAAUGUGGUGAAACAUGGA